CUCUCUCUUUCACUGCACAAAUAGGACACGGCUAUCCACCGCCUGCCAGUCCCAACCUGACCCUCCGCGGCAACAGCACCCCAACAAGGAAACUGAGGACUGUCUCAUUCUGUGAAAGCACAAAAACAACAAAAAGGUUUACGGUGGCAACAAUUUUAGGCUACUAAUUUGGGUACUACUUCGACUGCCUUUUCGCAUGGACUAUACGGGUUUUCCUGUUGUGUGAGUGUGCCUGGGUGUUUUUUUUCCUUCUUGCUUGCAAGGAAGGGGGAGUCGUCCUAAAGAUCUCCCCAUUUCCCUGGACGUUUCAUAUGUGCAGUUGGCUUGCAACAAACUAAGGCGUUUGCACCCCAUCCAUCCAUACCUGCGAGACCCUCCGCCAGAACUGCCUCGGAUGCGCUAAGAGUGUGGCAGGAAGGGAAGGAAGGGACGGCUGUGUAUGGAAGUUGUGGGGUGCUGCAAGGCGAGAGAAAGCAGUUGCACAUUACGCCCAGCAGCCAUGCUCUUCCACGGCAUCUCCGGGGAUCACAUUCAAGGAAUCAUGGAAGAGAUGGAGAGGCGAUCCAAAACCGACGGCCGCCUCGCCAAAGGGGUGCAAAUGAACGGGAGGGAAACGUUAUUCCGUGAAUUCUCUAUGCUGUUUGGCCAAACCUCUGAAAUCAACUUGGAUUUCAAAACGAUGCCCAACAUGAAUCCAGAGAAGCCGGCCCUGUGUGCGGGCUGUGGAGGGAAGAUCUCCGAUAGGUACUAUCUGCUGGCGGUGGAUAAGCAGUGGCACCUCCGCUGCCUCAAGUGCUGUGAAUGUAAGCUGGCCCUGGAGUCGGAGCUGACUUGCUUCGCCAAGGAUGGCAGCAUUUACUGCAAGGAGGAUUAUUACAGAAGGUUUUCCGUGCAGAGAUGUGCCCGCUGCCACCUCGGAAUCUCGGCCUCGGAGAUGGUGAUGCGCGCGCGGGACUCGGUGUACCACCUCAGCUGCUUCACGUGCACCACCUGCAACAAGACGCUGACAACGGGCGACCACUUCGGCAUGAAAGACAACUUGGUUUAUUGCCGGGUCCAUUUCGAGACUAUGGUCCAGGGAGAUUACCACCCCCAGUUGAACUACGCCGAACUAGCCGCCAAGGGCGCCGGGCUAGCCUUGCCUUACUUCAACGGUACCGGUGGGACGGUUCAGAAAGGCAGGCCCAGGAAAAGGAAGAGCCCGGCCAUGGGGAUAGACAUAGCCAGUUACAAUUCAGGUUGUAAUGAGAACGAUGCGGAUCACCUGGACCGCGACGGCCAGUCGUACGCCCCGUCGCAGAAGACCAAGCGCAUGCGCACCUCCUUCAAGCACCACCAGCUGAGGACCAUGAAGUCCUACUUUGCCAUCAACCACAACCCCGAUGCCAAGGACCUCAAGCAGCUCGCGCAGAAGACCGGCCUCACCAAACGCGUCCUGCAGGUGUGGUUCCAAAACGCUCGGGCCAAAUUCCGACGGAACAUUUUGCGUCAGGAGAACGGGGGUGUUGAUAAGGCGGACGGUUCGUCUCUGGGUCCCCCCCCCUCCUCCGCUGACGGCUCGACCCUCACCCCCCCUGGCUCCGCCGGCACCCUAACAGACCUCACCAACCCCUCCAUCACUGUAGUAGCCUCAGUCACGUCCAGCUUGGACAGCCAGGACUCAACCAGCCCCUCGCAAACCACACUCACCAACCUCUUCUAAUGCACACACACACAC